AUGAGUAAUCCAAUAAUUGCCAAUAUAAAAAGAAUUCCUCCAGUUACAAGGUUUUUCACAAUAUCAACGGUUCUAGCAUGCUUUGCAGUCACAAAUUUUUCAGCAUCAGAGUCUUUAUAUAUUAAUUUAAAUACAUUACUCAAUGAAUAUGCAUUAAUUCGACUUGUUUCAAAAACAGGUCUGAAAUUUCAAUUACUUAAGGUAGUAGUUGUUACAGUGCUAAGUUGGUAUAGAUUUGUUACAUCAUUUUUAAUACCUUCUGGAUUAUUUCCACCAAGUAUGAGUGCAUUAUUAGAUACUUAUUUUUUCUACACAUUUUCAAAUCAUUUGGAGGCUCAUGAAGGUAAAUUCAAAGGUAAUUUUCCUGAUUAUUUAUGGUUUAUUAUAUUAUGUGGUACAUUCAUACAAGUAUUGAAUUUGUUAAUAGAUGCAAUUACUGGAAAUUUUACAAGUAUAAGUUAUUUCCCACAUGAAAAUUUAUUGGCUUGUAUAACUUAUGUUUGGUCAAGAAGCUUGAAAAAUGCAAAGAUCAAUCUUCUAGGGAUAAUUCCAAUUAAAGCUUAUUAUUUACCAUUAGGAAAUUUAAUUGUAAAAUUGAUACUUGGUGGACCAGUCGCCUUAGUUGAUACAUUAGUUGGAAUAUUGAGUGGAUAUUUGUAUCUUUGUCUUCAACUGCAAACUCUUCCAUUCUAUAAUUUGAUUCCAGGAGCAUAUGGAAAAUUUAAUACCAAAAAGAAUCAUGAAGGUAGAAGAGUAGGAAUGACUCACAUUGAUAAUCAAGAAAAAAUUGGUGGAUAUCUGGAUGAUUUUAUUGUUGAUAGCAUAUAUGAUAAAGGAUGGUUAAAAGCACCAAUUUGGUUAUAUAAAUUGUUAUCUUACCCGACUAAUACUUCAGUUAGAACUACUGCAUUUACUACCGUUGGUAAAGCACCAACAAUAAAUAUUAAUAAAAGACAAGAAGCAGAAGUUAAUGUAACCGGUAGAUAUUCAUGGUUUGGUAAUGACGGAAAUGCUUUUAGAGGUAGAGGUCAUAGAUUAGGUGAUUGA